GCGGCGGCCGGAGGCCACGAGCCGCUGGUGCGCUUCCUGCUGCGCCGCGGCGCCUCGGUCAACAGCCGCAACCACUACGGCUGGAGUGCGCUCAUGCAGGCGGCCAGAUUUGGGCAUGUGAGUGUGGCACACCUGCUUCUGGAUCACGGGGCUGAUGUCAAUGCCCAGAACCGGCUGGGGACCAGUGUGCUCACUGUGGCCUCUCGGGGUGGCCAUUUGGGCGUGGUGAAACUGCUCCUGGAAGCUGGUGCCUUUGUGGACCAUCACAGCCCCUCAGGCGAGCAGCCAGGGGCAGCAGACAGCAGGGAUGAGCUUCUGGACAUCACAGCCUUGAUGGCUGCCAUCCAGCACGGGCAUGAGGCCGUGGUGCGUCUGCUGCUAGACUGGGGUGCAGAUCCCAACCAUGCAACCCAGACUGUGGGCUGGAGCCCGUUGAUGCUGGCAGCGCUCAUUGGAAGGCUCAGCAUGGCCCAGCAGCUGGUGGAGAAGGGGGCCAACCCUGACCACCUCAGCGUACUGGAGAAGACUGCCUUCGAGGUUGCACUGGACUGCAAGCACAGGGACCUUGCAGAUUACUUGGACCCACUGACCACCAUCAGGCCCAAGACAGAUGAGGAGAAAAGACGACCCGAUAUUUUCCAUGCAUUGAAAAUGGGAAACUUCCAGCUGGUCAAAGAGAUUGCUGACGAAGACCCCAACCACGUGAACCUGGUCAAUGGGGACGGGGCGACCCCGCUGAUGCUGGCAGCUGUCAUGGGCCAGCUGCCUCUGGUGCAGCUGCUGGUGGAGAGACAUGCCGAAGUUGACAAGCAGGACAGCGUGCAUGGCUGGACAGCCCUCAUGCAGGCCACGUACCAUGGGAAUAAGGAAAUUGUCAAAUAUCUGCUAAACCAAGGGGCUGAUGUUACUCUCCGUGCAAAAAACGGGUACACGGCCUUUGACCUAGUGAUGCUGCUGAGUGAUCCUGAUACAGAACUUGUUCGACUGCUGGCAUCUGUCUGCAUGCAGGUGAAUAAAGACAAAGGCCGGCCCAGCCACCCACCACCCCUACCCCACUCGAAGAUCCGACAGCCCUGGAGUGUCCCGGUGCUGCCUGAUGACAAAGGCGGGCUUAAGUCCUGGUGGAACCGAAUGUCCAACAGGUUCCGGAAGCUGAAACUGAUGCAGACCCUGCCCCGUGGGCUGUCCAGCAACCAGCCGUUGCCUUUCUGUGAUGAGCCGGAGCCAGCGCUAGACUCUACAAUGAGGGCAGCCCCCCGGGACAAGACAAACCGCUCUGGGCUCUCUGAUGUGGCCCCGACACUGAAAGACAAUGGUCCUGGGAGCACGAGAGGAGAAAAGGAAGAUGUGUUAUUGACAACCAUGCUUCGAAAUGGAGCCCCCUUCACCAGACUCCCGAGUGACAAGCUGAAGGCAGUCAUCCCUCCUUUCUUACCCCCUUCCAGCUUUGAGCUGUGGAGCUCAGACAGGUCCCGGACAUGUCACAAUGGGAAGGCAGACCCCACGAAGACUGUGCUGCCCCAGAGAGCCAGCAGGGGCCAUCCCGUGGGCAGUGGGAGCACAGAUACUACUCCCGUCAGGCCAGUUAAAUUUCCAUCUCUCUCCAGAAGUCCAGCCUCUCCUGCCAGUUCUGGGAACUUCAACCACUCACCUCAUUCCUCAGGCGGCUCCAGUGGGGUAGGGGGCAUGAGCAGGCACGGUGGAGAGCUGCAUAACCGCUCAGGUGGCAGCAUAGACAGUGUCCUAUCUCAGAUUGCUGCCCAGAGGAAAAAAGCAGCCGGACUAUCUGAGCCGAAGCCCAGCCAUCGAUCCAGUCCUGUUGGGCCAGUGCCUGCUUCCAGCCCCAUCGAGCUCCCUGUCUCCCCUACAGGUGGUGGCGGUCCCAGUGGCAAGAAACUGGAGACGAGCAAAAGGCCUCCGUCUGGAACUUCCACUACCUCUAAAAGCACCUCCCCCACCCUCACACCCUCCCCUUCCCCCAAAGGCCAUGCAGCCGAGUCCUCUGUGUCCUCCUCCUCAUCCCACCGGCAAUCCAAGAGCAGCGGGGGCUCUAGUAGUGGCACCAUCACCGAUGAGGAUGAACUGACUGGAAUCCUUAAGAAAUUAUCACUUGAGAAAUAUCAGCCCAUUUUUGAGGAGCAAGAGGUGGAUAUGGAGGCAUUCCUCACGCUUACCGAUGGUGACUUGAAGGAGCUGGGUAUUAAGACAGAUGGAUCCAGGCAGCAGAUUCUGGCAGCAAUUUCUGAACUGAAUGCAGGCAAGGGACGUGAGAGACAAAUUUUACAGGAAACCAUUCACAACUUCCAUUCUUCCUUUGAGAGCAGCGCCAGCAACACCAGGGCCCCUGGAAAUAAUCCCUGUACAUGAUCCUCCUUCCUGUGGUUACCAGUGUGAGCUUUCUGAAUUUCAGUACUGUCUUCACACAGCCAGUGUUUCAGCCACCCUCAGCUCUUCACCAUGCUUUGUCACCGCUGUGUUUGGGUCACACUAUUCACUUUGCCUGGAACACCUGUUUUCCCUUCUCUGCUGUAGUAGUUGGUGGUGCUUGUUGCUUUAACAAAUUCUAACACAGGAGAGACUUAUUCUUAUAUAAAGUCCAGUAUGGCUGCUUCUGCUUGGCCAGGUGGUUUUACACAGUGAUUUGGGGACCCGGCUCCUUUCAUUUGUGGCUCUGCUGUUCUCAGGGGCCUCAGACUCUUUGCUUCUGGCUGGCAGGAGAAAGGGAUGGUGAAGAAAGCACAGCCAUUUCUUAAUUGCCUUGCUCUUAACUGCUCACAUUCUGUUGGCUCCUCCUACUCACAUUCCAUUGGUCGCCAGUAGUCACAUGGCCCCACCUGGAUGCAGAGGACCUUGGGAAAUGUAGUCUUUGUUCAGGUAGUGGCUUCACAGCAACGACUCUAUACCUAGAUGGGCAGUGCAUGUUUUGGCAAGAGAUUAGCCUACUCUGCCACAUCUUCCCUUAAAACUUCUAACUUGUCCCUCCCAGUCUAAGUCACCUCUCAAAUGAAGCCUUUCUUGACUUCCUUACACAGAACCAACUCCUCCAGCCACUAUUGCUUUGCAUAUAACUCUGUUCUAGCACUUAACUGCACCUACUGCAUGCAACAUACAACAGGAGUGCAGGGCAUGUAUGUUGAAUGCAUUUUUCUGUAUUGCAAAGGCAGCCUUUUAUGUAGGAAAAAAGAGGAAGCUCAUUGUAUGAUCUUGAGAGACCCCUUCUUUCUGGCCUUUAGUUUCCUCAUCUGUGGUCAGGCAAGAUGAUGCUCUGAUACUCCACACUGCUCACCGUAGGGCUUUCUGCACUUCAGUGGGAGCAGAAGACUCUAAUGCAUUGUGGAAGGACUUCAGUGCUCACAUUUUCUAGUCAAAGAAGCAGAGAAUUUGGAAUUUCCUCUAAACCGCAUUAAUGGGACAUCCCUCAAAAGGGCAUCAGCCCAUGUAGUUUUCUACCAUGUUAAAUCAGAAGGACUCUUGACUUUUAAAUGUAGGAGCUUUUUGAAGUGUUUUCAAGUGCGUAACUUAUUCAUCCAACACUUGCUGCAUUUCUGUUUUGCUGGGUGUCGGGGGUACAGAGACAAGCCAGAUCCAGUCCCCACCCUUGAGGACUUCAGCAUGCAAGAAAAGACAUGAAUGGAUGAUCCAGUCUCAACCUCAUGGUGCAGCAUGGUGGAGUGGAAAGAGUUUGCAUUCUGGACUAAGGCUCAGAAUUCAAGUCCAGCCCUGCACUGGCCAGCUGUGUAGCCAGAGAUGGGUUACAUAGCCUCUUAAUUGGAGCUUGGAGCCAGUUGCAUAAAGUACUUGGUCUGUGGGAUGAACCCAAUAGAUGGCAGCCUUCGCAGAAUUCUAAUCUUUACCAUGAGCUCUGCCAACCACCAAUUCCUGCUCUACUGGCUUUCAGAGGCAGUUGUUACCACAUUGCCCAGAACCUAACUGUGUUCUCCCUCUGCCUGUCAAUCCAGUUGGUGCUGUUCCUUCAUCCUCCCAUCCUCCCACUUGCUAAAGCCAACUUUUCACAUGAUUGGAGAGAAAAGAUAUCAUUUUAGCCAUCACUGACAGACGUCUUUAUAAUUGUUCCUCACGUCCUAGCCUUCUUUAAGUAGACAGGCAUUGGGCAUCUACUGUGUGCAGCAGCUUGACUUCAUUGUCAUCCAUUCUCACUGCCACCCUGGAAGCCAGCAUCCUUUAACCCCAUCCUGCACACUGGGGAAACAGACAUGGAAGAGUGAAGCUGCAUGCCCAUUACAUACCCAAAAGGAGCAGAGCUGGCUUAAAACUGAUCUGGUGGGCUUCUGAGCCUGUGCUUUUCCCACGGACUCCUAGAGGCUCCUGGAGCUAGAAGCAUCAGAGAUUUUUGCUGAUUUAAAGUACUCACAUCUUCAAGGGUUAUGGGCAGGCCUAGGGCCGUUUGCCCAUGAAAUAUAUGGCCCUUGAGUUAUGUGCUUUGAGGUUCUGUGACAGCUUUUCACUGUUGUCCUGUUCUUUUUGUAAGCUCUGUAUUUGUGCAGACUCCACUCUGAUAAGUUUGAUCGAAUGCUCACAAUAUGCAAGA